CUUCCCGCCGCCCCAGGACCAGCACCAGCAGGAUUCGAACUCGGGACCCGGGACCCAGACCCGAACCCGGCCACGCCUGCCCCAGACCGAAAAGUAUCCGCACCGAACUCGGCGUCCCUCCAAAUCAGCUGAUCGCCUUUCCCAAAGAGUAUGGCGGCACAGAUCCCGGAAUCUGACCAGAUCAAACAGUUUAAAGAAUUUCUCGGGACCUACAAUAAACUCACGGAAAGCUGUUUCCUGGAUUGCGUCAAAGACUUCACCAGCAGGGAGGUUAAGCCAGAAGAGUCCACCUGCUCGGAGCACUGCCUGCAGAAGUAUCUGAAAAUGACCCAGCGGAUAUCGAUGCGGUUUCAAGAGUAUCACAUCCAGCAGAACGAGGCCCUGGCCGCCAAAGCGGGACUGCUGGGCCAGCCGCGGUAGAGCCGGGGGAUGGAGGGCUCCGCGACGGCUUUUUGGACCGGCGGGGUCCCCUUCUGGGCCUCCAGCGGUGUCCGGGACCGGUGGGAGGGAGACGCCGGGCCGGGCAGAGCCGGCACACCGAGCCCGGUCUUCACCUGAGGGGAAGCGAGGCGCGGGGGCCGGCCAGAAUCCCGGUCAUCCCCUUAGGAAAAAAUAAGCCGGGUUUCUUGGAUCAUGGCGACUGAUUUUAUAGCCAGACCCGUUUGAUCGUGUGGAAACCGGAAAGGGCAUUUUUACCCCAAACAGUAAAAGAAAUGGAAAACGUG